CAGCUUCUACUGUGAUGUUGACCAGUCGAGCAUGAGAUAUUGGAUCUAUAUGCCAAGUGUAUAUGCUGUGAUUGUGCUCUUCAUCAUCUCGAGCGUCAAUGGACAUGAAGAGGAUCCGAUUUCAAAAUGUCUUCAAGACGAGGACUAUGAAGAGCUUCUCGAAAUAGUCAGGGAAGGCCUUCCUCCGUCAAAGAGCCCUCACCAUGUAGCUAUCGUUGGUGGGGGCAUUGCUGGACUUACUGCAGCCAAGUUUCUAGAGGAUGCUGGACAUAAGGUUACAGUCAUAGAAGCAAGUAAUCGAACAGGUGGAAGAAUUCAUACAUACAGGGAUAAAGAGGGCUGGUAUGCAGAAUUCGGUGCCAUGAGGAUCCCAAACAUUCACUGGAUUCUCAUGAAUGUCACAUUAAAGCUGGGUCUGAAACUGAACAAAUUCAUCGAAGAAGACAUAAAUACUUACUAUUACAUCAGGGGGCUCCUUCACAAAACUUAUAAAGUGAAACAGAAUCCUGAUGUGUUAAACUACCCCUUAAGAGAGGAGGAGAAAGGAAAAUCGGCCAGUGAACUUUUCAGCGAAUCCUUGUCGAAGAUACGAGAAUAUGUGAAAUUAAAUGGCUGCAAUGCAAUGAUAGCCAAGUAUGAUUCAUACUCCCUUAAGGAGUAUUUGGUGAAAGAUGUUAACAUGAGUAAAGGAGCCUUGAGCAUGAUUGGAGACAUCCUUAAUGAGAACAGCUACUACUACAUUUCUCUCAUGGAAAGUCUGUACCGGCAGUCUGAUGUAAAUGAUAUGACAUAUUAUGAGAUCUCGGGUGGCUUUGAUAAUUUAACCAACAAGUUUUCUGAACUCCUGAAUGCCACAGUCCUCCUCAACUCAAAAGUCAAAAGCAUCAGUCAGACAGAACGCAACGUGACUGUGUUUUAUGAACAAGAGCACAAGUCAUCCUUUUUGACCCAGCAAACGUUUGACUACGUCUUGGUGACAGCGACAGCCAAAGCCACUCUCUUCAUCAAGUUCCAGCCUCCGCUGACAUCCUUGAAGAUGGAGGCCCUACGCUCAGUGCACUACUCCAGCUCCACCAAGGUUGUGCUGAGCUUUAGCCGCAGGUUCUGGGAGGAGGACGACAACAUUUUUGGUGGCAGAAGCAUUACAGAUUUGCCCUCACGCUUCAUCUACUACCCCAGCCAUAGCUUCCAGGGGAAAGGAUGAGCCCUCCUGGCCUCCUACACCAGCUCGGAUGACUCUACGCUCUUCCAAGGAAUAGCCGAUGAUGAGCUGAAGUCAUUGGUGCUGAACGACUUGAUGAAGAUCCACGGAGAGCAGAUCCAGGAACUCUGCACUGGAGGUGUUGUGAAGAAGUGGAGGUUGGAUCCAUACAGCCUUGGAGCCUUUGCUGUCUUCACCCCUUAUCAACAAUCUUACUAUGCUAAAGCUCUGGCCAUGAACGAGAACAGGAUUUAUUUUGCUGGGGAACAUACAGACAUGCCUCAUGGCUGGAUUGAGACUGCUAUGAAAUCUGCUCUCAGAGCAGCUAGGAACAUAAACAAUGCUGUAUAACAAGAAACUCUACAAAUAAGAAUUUGGUUCAUGUUGGCACACAAAUGGUUUAAAGCAGAGGUAUUUGUAUUGUGCGGUGUGAAGUAAAAGGAUGAUUUUUGAAGGAAUAGCAG